AUGAUAUUUCUUUUAAUCAUUUUGAUUUUUCCAGUUCAGAACUAUGAAGAAAUGAUUUAUUAUUAUAAUGCGGCUACUAACGGGAUUGAGGGUUAACAUUUGUAUAUUCAAACUUAGGAUGGAAAACUUUUACAAAGUCAACUAUUUUUGAAUUAAAUAGUGAUAUAAUUUUAUAUGGAGGAAGUUCUCCUAGAAUUAGUAGAAUGUUCUUGGAUUUGAGCCCUCAUUAUCAAGUAAAAGUGAAAAUGGAAUUUUGGUUGUAAUAAUUUUUUUAUUAAAAAUAGAAAAGACUUAAUAACAACUGGAGGAAUAACCGUGUAUAUAGAUGAGAUAUAGGUAUACAAAAACGCGUAUAGUAAUACUUCUUUAUCAAGUCUUCAUGGACCGACUCCAACCGGUUCAUAUUUUGAUAGUAUAGUAUUACUUCAUCCACAAAAAAAAAGAACAUCUUCAAUUUAUAUAGAGAUAACGGGAUAGGUAUUUUAUUUUAUUGAUUUGAGUCACUUUAUGGUAUUAGAACAUUACAAUUUUAUCUUGAAAGAUGCCCGUCAGGAUGUGAAGUUUGUGACAGUUUCGAUUUUUUGGCUUGUAAAUAAUGGAAACUUUUCAAUUUAAGUUUUAAUAAAUAUUAUUUUUCAAAUCUUUAAGGAUGGUCAACAGAAUCCCCUUGGUUAUUCUAAGGAGUUUAUGUAUGUGCUUAAUGUGAUUUUCUUAAAUAAAGUGGAAUUCAAUAUUUUGGAGUAUUACCUCCUCAUUAAGGACUGAUGUUGAAAUUUUUUUGGUUGUUUAAUAUUGGUUUUUUAAAUAUCAAAAUCAAUAGAGUGAAUUAUGUAUUAUAAUAGCCAACAACAUUUUAUUAGGUUGAAUUAAUAAUUAAGGACCACACAAAUUAAGAUUUAUUAAUUGAAAUUCAAUAAGGCUUUAUAAGAGAUGUUGAAUUGUAUUAUUAACCAGAUGUUAUACAUUUUGAUCCUGAAAUUCUUAAUUGCUUUUCUGUUAUAAAUAAUGUUUGUAUCAGCUGUUUGGAUGGAUGGGAAUUCGAAGAAAUCCAAAAUUAAUGUCAUCCCUUAUGCGGUAAUCAUAUUAUUUAAGGACUUGAAGAAUGUGAUGACGGUAAUGAAGAUCAAAACGACGGAUGUUAUUAGUGUAAAUUAAAAUGCGAUAUUAAUUGUAUAAGUUGUGAAUUUGGGAAAUGUAAUAACUGUGAUACAGGGUAUAUUUUAUCGGACAAUCAAAACAACUUUCCCUAAUGCUAUCAAGAAAUAGUCGAAUAUCCAGAUAAUUGUCUUAUUUUAGAAGAACAAUAAUGUAAGGAAUGUGAAGUUGGAUAUAUUUAAGAGAAUGGCUAAUGUUUUCCACAUUGUGGUGAUGGGAUUUAAAUAUCAGGACUUGAAGAAUGUGAUGAUGGAAAUUUAGUUCCUUAUGAUGGUUGUUUUAAUUGCUCAUUCUAAUGUUCAUAAAACUGUAUAAUAUGUAUUGAAGGAAUAUGUUAUUAAUAUUGUGAAGAGGGUUUUGAAUUUAUUGAUUAAUCUUGCCAAUCCAUUUGUGGGGAUGGACUUAUAACAAAUUUGGAAGAAUGUGAGGAUGGUAACAUUAUCCCAUAUGAUGGUUGUUAUUUAUGCAAAUUUUCAUGUCCUUUAAAUUGCUUAGAAUGUUUAAAUGGAUAUUGUCUAUAAUGUAAUACUAAUUAUUAAUUAUUAUCAAAUAAUCAAUGCGACUACAUUUAGUUAUAGUAUUAAUAAAAAUAAUGCGAUGAUCAAAAUAAUGAUGCCUACGAUGGCUGUCAUAAUUUUAUGAUCCAACAUGAUUGGAUUUGCAGAAGACUUAAUUAAGAAACCUUCAGUCAGUGCUCAUAUUUUAAUUAUCCAAAAUUGCUUAUUUAAUAUUAAAAGUUGAUUUGGAAUAUACAAUAUGUAACCCUUACCUUUAGUUAACCUUUUAAAAUUGGAGAAAAUAGACUACUUUUAGAAGCAUUCACUUAUUCAAUUUUGAAUUUAACUGAACCCUAAUAUAUCAUUAAGGUAAUAGGGAGCUAAGAGAGUAGCAAAACCAUUAAUAAAAUCGAUUAUUAGUUAGAAAUUGAAAUUUUUUAACUUCUGGAGUUCAAACCCAUCUUAAAAAUAAAUUUACAAUAAGAAAUUAUUAAACAAUGGGAUUUCAUGCCCAUUCUGAAAACAUACUAUCAACCCUUAUAGCUUCCUACUUAUUUAAAUGAAAAAUAAACUUAUUACUCUGAGAUGGCUUAAAAGGUGAAUAGAUAUAGUCUUUUUUCAUAUGGUGGAGUUUGCACUCUCUUGAUAUUUUAAGGUAAAUAUGAGGUUUUAAUAGAAAUAUUAAACUUCUUAUAAUUUCAAAAUUAUCUUAGAUACAUCAAUGUGCAGUUUCCUUAAAACCUUCUUCUUUAUUUUGAAUCUUAUGAUUUAUUAUCCAUUGAAACAUUAUUUGACUUUGUAAAAUUUAAGCCAUUAGAAAGUUUUCUGUUUUACAAAGAAUUCAGAGAAGCAUCAGGAAAAUUUCAAUUUUAUUAAUAAAAUGCUGAUUUAUUAACAAAUCUUCAAUGGUAAAUAAUCCAAUCUUCAUUUUAUAUACUUUUAAUUUUAUUAUCGAUUGGAACCAAGAAGUUCAUUUUCUCUAAUUAUUUCCGAUAAAGAGCACUAAUUUAUUUGAUUUAAUAAAAAAUAAAUUCAGACAAAGAGAUCUCUUCUAAACUUCUUUUGUGGCUUUAUAAAAAAUGUCAAUAAUUGAUUGGGGUUGUAGAUCUAUUUAGUAAAAAUGGAUUUAAAAUAAUAUUAUUAGUAAAUGGAUGGGAUCUGAUAUUUAAAGGAAUGCUUUACUUGAAAUAUUUGUAAAACUUUGCUUACAGAGAUAUCUUUUCUUUAUUACUAGCUUUAGUUCUAAUAUUUAUUUAUAUUAUGUUUAUCCUUAAUUCAAACAACCUAUACCCAAAAUAUAAUUUGAUUAAAUUCUAAAAGAUGAAGCAAAAUAGAUUUGAAGUUUUAAAUCUUGGAGUUUCCUUGUGUUUCAUAGGCUUCUUAAUUUUCUUAGAAAAUUCAGAAGUUUUAUAGUUAGGAUUGAUUUCGUUAAUUAAUCUUAUGUAAUUAAAAUUAAUUUACAACUAUCGAAAAAUUAUAAGAUCAUUUGUUGUACAAAUGGCAAUUUAAAGUUCAGUAUUGAUUUUUACAUUAAGCUCUUUUAUUUAUGUAUAAGAAGCUGCUAAAUAUGUUAACGAAGACUUUAAAAUAAAAUGUGGUUGGUUCCAUAUAUUUCUACUAUCAUUUGGUGUAUUGAUUGAAAUAUCCGAGAUAAUUAUUGAGUAAAUUUAAUAGUAUUUCAGGAUGUGUAAAAAGAAACAGAACCAGACUUAGUAAGAUUAAUUCAUGAUAAACUUUUGA